UGCCCUCUCGAGUGCUCGCGAGUGACAAUUAAUAAAACGCCGUCGCGCCGCGUCCAUCGUUGCUUCCUCCUACUCCCUGCACGGGUACAAGUUGUACCAGUCGACUCGUGACCACCACCGUGCGUACACCAGAGGAUAGUGAGAUUUAAUCGAUGACGAUUUCCUUUUCUCAAAGAAAUUAAAAAGAGGGAUAAAGAUCUGUAAGAAGGAUCGAAUGUGCGUGGAGUCCGAACGAGCGAGAGUAAAUAAAUAAAGUGUCGAACGAUGUGUCGAACGAGGGAUUGAAAGUGAAGAGUGUGAAACUUGAUUGAAGGGAUGGGGAACGAGAUAAAAAAUCGUUGAUCUCGAGUGAAGAUUUGGAAUAGAAGAGGAAGAGAUUUUAAAUAGAACUGUUUUAUCUGAUAAAAAGAAAAAUGUCGGAUAUUAUAGAGGACGACAAACGAAGCGAAGCCUCCCCAAAACCCUCCUCCCAAUUGACUCCCUUCAGCAUCGCCGACAUACUCAGCAGAAGAACUUCUUCUUGCGCUGAGCGACGAGCCUCGGAGUCGGAAGAGGCGCGAGUCGCGACGUCGUUCACGAGGAAGCCCCAUCGAGAGUACGACUGUUCCGAGAACGAGCAUAGGGAAAGUCAGUCGGAGGAUCGUAAUCAGAUGGCGAGAUUCUCGAGGCUACCUUCGCCGGAUCUGAGCGUGGCCCGAGAAUUGGACAUCCUGACGAGGAAUCUGGUCCACGCCAACAUCUCUAACUUCGGGACUAUACCCCACUUGGCGCAGGGAACGUUCAAGCACCUCGAGAAUCUAGGAAACAUGGGUGGUUAUCAGCCGGUGAAGGACUCGAGGGAAGCUUUGCAGAGGCAGCAAGACGAGGCGUUGGACAUGAGCAAGAAUAAAUAUUUGGAGGACGGAGAGGAGGAUAUGUACGAGGCCCAGAAUCACGGGCAGAGCCUUCAGAGCAGGAAGAAACGGAGCAGAGCGGCGUUCUCUCAUGCGCAGGUUUACGAAUUGGAGAGAAGAUUCGCGGCGCAGAAAUACUUGUCGGGCCCGGAACGAGCGGACCUGGCGCGGGGAUUGAAGCUGACCGAGACCCAGGUCAAGAUCUGGUUUCAAAACAGACGGUACAAGACCAAAAGACGGCAGCAACAGGAGCUAGGCGCUCUGGUUAAUUCCGGAAACGCGAGGCGCGUCGCGGUUCGAGUCCUCGUGCAUCCGGACGAGCAUCUGAGGGGAUUGCCACUUCGUGGUUCCGGCCAACUUCCCGGGCAAAUGUCAGCCCCGCAAAUUCAUCCGGCGAACAAAGCGCUCGGCGGUUUCCCAUACUACUGCCUCCCCUAUCAUCCCCUGCUCUGCCCGCCCCUUCACUCCACUCAUAUUCAGGUGCAAAACACGAUCGCGCCGGACCUAGAUCCGAGCCAAUUGGCCAAACUCAACGACGAGAAGUAAAUCGAAAAUUUCCCUGAUUUCGGAUCGGAUCGAGAUAUUAAAGUGGUAUUCGGCUGAAAUUGCGAAUUGGGAUUGUUCGAACGUUCAGCUUGUGUACAGGGUGUUAAUAAAAUUUGCGAAACAUCUCUCUCGAGGAAGGGUUCGAUUCUAGAAACGAAAAUAAAUGUGAAAGUGAACAUGGCUUAUUUAUUGUUAUUAUUAUUUU